AUGGUCGCUUUCACUUCCGCCAAAGCUUUCAUCGCUGCCGUCGCUGCCACUGCGAUGUUCGUGACUGGUGGUGCUCUCGCUGCCCCAGCGUCGUUUGAAAGCGAGGCCAACGCUGUUCUCAAUCGCCGUGCCGCUGACAUCGAGUCAGGAGGCUCUGCCGGCUACCUUGCACGACGUGGUCUCGUGACGGACAACGAAGGCGCCGUCUGGCUCGUUCGUCGCGUGUUCGACCCUGCCUCCGAGUUCGAGGAUUUGGCUGCACGAGGAGCUUGCUCGUCCAAGGUUUCAAGCCUCGAGUUUACCAGUAUCCAGACGUCUGGAAAUGCGAAGUACAAGGAGAAGAUGAAGAAGGCAGCGGAGAAGUACUGGAAGAAGGACAAGCAGCUCCGUAAACAGUUCUGCAAAGCUACCAUUGUUCAAAAUGGGGGAACCAUGAUCGUCCGGUACUAUGCCGAUAGGGAAAUCACUGGCCAUGGUGUCGCUAUGGCUGCCCCUUGA